GCUGUGAUGUCCGUAAGCAGCUGUCAAACCAGGUAACCUCUGCUGGAUAAACCUCGGCUGAUCGGCUGAAAUGAGAGCUUAGAGAAGGGCCAUGCGCGGACGAGCUGUGAUUUAGGAGAUGGGUGAGUAUGAGGACCGUCUGCAUGAGCUCGAGGUGGAGGCUAAUUAUUUCCCCCCUCCACCGCGGCACCCAGGCGGCCGCGAGCGACUCCACAUCCAGAAGAGCAGCGUCUGCUCCAGGGCGUACUUCGUGGUGGUCAUGGCCUUCUUCCACCUCUAUAUAAUAAACAUCAUAGCUUUGCUGCUUUAUGUGCACUAUAACACGGGGUCUGGGGAGCAGGAUGUACCCCUGGAGAAGAGUGCUAGUGCCCCUCGACCCAUGCCUGCUGAACACCAGAGCCCAUCCUCAGCAAGCCUGAGCCCUGAGCUCUCCUUCCAGCUGCCGCGCCUGGAGGGCAUCCGGGUUGGACACGUGCAGAGAGUUUCUCUGGUUCCCGACCGGACCCAUAACAUGCGCACCCUCAGCUUGAAACCUCUGCUGUUUGAGAUCCCAGGAUUCCUGAGUGUGGAGGAGAGCAGUGUGGUGAUGCAGCUGGCUCAGCUGAAGGGCCUGACCCACAGCUCGCUCCUCACGGCCCCUGACAGCCAGGAGGAGACGCUCACUCAAGACGAGCUCUUCAGCCUGCUCGACCUCAACCAGGACGGCCUUCUGCAGAGGGAGGAGAUUUUGAGUCUGUCCCAUUCGACUGAUGGAUCUUGGCUGAGCUCAUACAAUUUACGGAAAAUCCACACCGGGUUGGAGCCCAGCUUUGCAGGAGUUUUGUCUCUGCAGGAGUUUAAGCGCGUCAGUGGUGGAGUGUUGCAGUAUGGCAGCGCUGGCCAAGGUUUGGACGGACAUGCCAAGGUCAGGCAGAGAAGCACACACACUCGACUUUAUCUCGGAGAGGGCACACACCACCUGCUGAAGAGCAUCAGAAACAGAGUGACCCGUUUAACACGACUGCCGUCCUCAUUGGUCGAUCUCAGCGAGCCAAUGGAAGUAGUCCGUUAUGAGCAGGGCGGGUACAGCCACGCCCACCACGACAGCAGCCUCACCAAUCCUGACAGUAGCUGUGCCCACACACACCUGGCAGCUAAUAACUCUGCCUCCACACAGGUCGCAUGCAGGUAUCUGACGGUCUUGCUGCAUCUGAACUCGGCGGAUGGAGGAGGAGAGACCAGCUUCCCUGUGGCUGACAACAGGACGUAUGAGGAGGAGGUCUUAGGUGAUCUCUCUCAGCAGUACUGUGAUAAAGGCAAUCUGAAGGUCAAACCUGUAGCUGGAACCGCUCUGCUGUGGUACAACCACCUCUCAGAUGGCAAUGGUUGGGUUGGAGAGUUGGAUGAAUUCUCACUCCACGGCAACUGCUUAGUCACUCGGGGCUUCAAAUGGACAGGAAGUGUGUGGGUGAACAUUGACCCUGACCAGCAGCGGCAGGAGUGCUACCAGCGUCUGGUCUCAUGGCAUCCAGACGAGCAAAGCAAAAAGCCCGAGCACGGAUACCUUCACCAAGACCUCUGAACCAGACGUCCUGUCACACCGUGUCUACACUGGACGCUACAAAGCGACCGUUGCAAAUCAUUUGUACAUUGUGUCAGUACGUCAUAAAUAGAACGAGGCAGCAGCUUACUAUCGGGGAUCUGUUGUGUCGCAUUGCGCCGCAUCCAGUGUAGACAGCAUCACUGAUAAUAAUAGGGUCUAUUGUAUUUUGUCAUGUCGUGCGGCGCCGCUCGUGUCCAGUGUAGACACGGUGGUAGAAAUUACACUCCUAUGCUGAUCUAGAAUCAGUUUCCGCUAAUGUGAAGCCUUGCUUAGGAAAGUAAAAGCUGGUGCAGUAAGAGAUACCCACUGCUGCAAGCUUUACCUUUAUGUAGCUGUCACCCCCUGCUCCAGUGACAUAUCAUUUAAUAUUCAUGAGUUCAACAGGGAAAUGGCUCUUUCAAUAGCUCAACAUUCACUGAUAUAUAGUUUGCUGGUGUUGCACAAGUUAUUUAAUCAUUAUUUAUUUAAAAAGUUUUAUUCAAUGUGGCAUAUUUAUUGAAGAUAUU